UUUAUUUUGCACUUAGUAUAGGGUUGGAGUUUGUAUAGUGUUUCAAUUAGUAUAGGGUUAGAGUUUGGAGUUGGAUAGAGUUAUGAUUGAGAUAGGGUUAGAGUUGAUUUAGGAUAGGAUUGGGGUUCGAGUUAGGGCUAGGAUAGAGUUAGAAUUAUAUUGGGUUAAAGUUUGGAUUUGAAUAGAAAUUAGAAUUAGGGUUAGGAUUGGAGUAGGGUUAGAAUCAGGUUUAGAAUUGGGUUGGGUUAGAAGGGGUUAAAGUUCAGGGUAGGAUUAGGAUAGGGUUGGAGGCUGGGAUGAGGAUUAGAAUAAGGCUAGGAUUAGGAAAACUCUUUUUUCUCUAUUUGUGUCAAACUUUGUAUGUGCUCUUCCAGUCUAUAGAUCUGUGCAAAGAAGGAAUUGAGUUUGUACACAAGCCCUUCUCUUGCUGUAUAAAACUGAAGGUUAAGUAAAUUUGAACAUAUCUCAUUCCGUUUUGAAAGUGAGGGUUGAGAUUGUGCCUUUUGAUUUAGGUGGCAGUGAGAAAUAUUCCAUUACAUUAUGCCUACAUUAAUGUUUACAUAGCUCUUGCCAAGGGCAGAAGCAAUAUGAGUGUAAGAUUUGAAAGGAACUAGAUCUGAACCAAUUGGCUUGUACCACAGUUUGGGAAGAUCACAGUGGCGAAGAAUCCGGUGAAGUUUUAAAAGUUGGUGUAAUGUCUUUUCCCUCUUAUAUUGGCUCAGUUAGCCCAGGAUGGAUUUGGAAUUUUACUGGUUUUGUUUAUGUUUUGUCUUAUAUGGCAGACCAUAAUUCCCAUAAUGCUUUUACAUACUGGUAUUCUAGUGACAUCAGGCAGGGCUUAAAAGCGAGGGUCAAAAUGUAAGCUCAAUGUUUUUCAUACUGGAAAAGCUUGCAGUUUAAAAAUCAUUGAAGUGUAUGGAGAGGAAAGCUUAUCAUUCCAUAUCUAUUUCAUUAGGAAUCGUAUGCAUGGAGAAUAUUUUGUGGAUGUAAAGUAACACCAGGCUUUGUGCCUGUUGUGCGUAGAUCAAAGGUGGUUGCUUGGAAGCUGUGUAAAGAAUAGAUAAUAUUCUUCUAAGUAUCUAGAUAGAGUCAUGGCUGUGUUCCCCUUAUUUGUUUAUCACGUUUCUCUGGUGCAUGGAGAAGAGGCACUACAAUAACCUGGCAACAGCUUCUGUAUGCAAGUAGUAACGGAAGAGUUGUCAUGCCCAAGUGUCCCAUAGCAGCAGAGUUGUGGGCGGCUGAAUACAAUUUUGAAUAGCCUAGGCUUUAACAUUGGACUUAAGAGCAGUGCAGAAUGUAUUUAAAUAUAGCCUCUCCUUUCUCCCUUAGAAGCUUUCAUUUUUGAUGGGACACACAUGCAGGAAGCACCUAGUGUAACUCUUGAGCAGGUUUGUUUGGGGUUUUGAGAAAUAUUUUGACAAUUUCUUCCCAUGUUCAGAUUGGGCGCUCCAUGCAGUCAUGCCGGCCACAUGACCUUGGAGGUGUCUAUGGACAACGCCAGCUCUUCGGCUUAGAAAUGGAGAUGAGCACCAACCCCCAGAGUCAGGCAUGACUGGUCUUAAUGUUAGGGGAAACCUUUACCUUUUUUCAGAUUGGGGAAGGAGAGCUUAAAAUGUGAGCAAUCAUUCUUUGUAUUCCACUCAAGGCUGUUUAAAUUAGCCAUCUGGGCAGAGGUUUUUUUUUUAAAUGUUUUAUUCUAGAGUUUGGCGGACUUAAAAGAAUAUCUUAAAUGCAGAAGACAUAAGAAGGGAGAUAUAAAGGGUUGUGCUAACGAGAGAUGCUGAAGCGGCCUUCAACCUGAGCAGUGGUGGUAUUUUCUAAAAAUUUUGAAGAUUUUUCACAGCCCUUAAAUUUAUUUAGAUAUCGUGUUAUUGUUCUUAUAUUUAUUUAUUUAAUAUAAUAUAUUUAUAUUUGAUAAAUUUAUAUGUAUAUAUUGUAUGAAUGUCUGUUUUUAUAUCCUGUUAUGUCCUGAUUGAGAAGCAAAGUAGAUAACAACAACAAUCUAACAUGCUUGAUUUUUAUUUGGUAAACCAUACUAAAAAGAAACAGUUUUUUUGAGUUUUUGAGUACACAUGCCGUUUAAAUAUCUUAACUUAGCCGUGGGCCAAAAUUUUCUCCCCCACCCCUCCAAAAUUGUCAUUUUUCCUUGGGAAUAAUUUAUUUACACCCAGUCAUGACUUAGUCUGGAGCCAAUAAAGGGCAAUAUAUGUUAGUUUAACUCUUUUGAGCAGGGUUGUACUGUUGUCCUUGUAUGACCAAGUAAUGAGUGUGUUGGUAGCCUAUGGGUCUCAGCUGCAGUUUGUAAGGUAUCCAAUAUACUGAUGAUGACUGAAUUUGCCACAGCUGAGAUCUGGAAAUUUCUGGCUUAGCUAUAUGGUUCAUGAGCGAGUGUACUUAUGUGUGUCUGAAAAGUGAUGCAAUUUGUCAAGCAAACUCAAGAAGAGGUGAAGCCAAUUAAGACUCCCAACUUCUGUUUGUUUGGAAAUGCUCACUUUGGAAACAAAAGUUUGCACACAGAAAGUGGGGACAUGGUUAAGCAGAGUGACGCAUUUGGUCAUUAUGAGCCACAGUCAAAUAGCACUCAACAUGGCAUGGAGGCCCAGUUGCGUCCCCUGCUUUUUGGAGGAAUAACGAAUACGCCGCUGUCUGCCAUGGAACCUCCACAGUUCUAUGGUAGCUGGUCAGCCUGUGGAGAUGAUUCCCAUUCUGCACUUUCAUUCCCUGACCACGUCAGAAAAAGGACACAAGAAAAUGUAUCACAUUUUGGCAACGGUCCUGAUGUGCUUGGAUUAGUGGCAAACAUCCUGGAAGAGCCAAACAAGCAGGAACAUGUUACAGAUUGGAAUUCUCUGUCAAGAUUGUUUCCCCCGUUGUGGUCAUCCAACUUCGGAAACUACGGCUUGGAAAGCGAAAACUGCAAUUCUCCUGGUUCUCAGAAGCUUUGUGAAGAAAAUAUAGGAAAGUCAUCCUCUGAAGGGCUAUUUAAAAAAGACGGCGAGGAUCUGCAUGUGAUCAGGCCCCAGUUUCCAUCUUCACAACCUUUCAUGUCAUCUCCCCAUGAGCUCUCAAAAAUGGCCAAUUUGGACAACAAUGCUUCUAAGAAUGGAGGGAUCCGUUUAUUCAAUUAUGAGAAGAAGCAUAGUGGAAGCACUUCAGCACCUCAGCCUCAAAUGAAAGAUAGCACCAAUACCUACAGAGAAUUCCCCAAAACUGAUACUGAUGGAGGCAAGCUUGGGAGAAACGGCACAGAAGGAUCAAGCAAGUAUUUUGUGCAUUUGUCUAACGCUGCUGCGGAUAGAAUAUGGGACCCGAUGGCGAAGGAAAACAGUUUGUGCUCUAAAAGAGACUUUUCAGCUGCUCAUAACUCUGGACACUUUAGCUUCAGUCAAUCACUUAAUAAGGAGAAUAGCUUUCCUGAAGGAAUUGAUGUGAAAUUUCAGGAAAUUUGCUUACAUAACCACUCCAGUGAUACCAAUUUUGUCCAAACUGAAUGUAAGAACCCUGUACAUCCUGGGAAAGGCUCUAGUCACCAGCUGCCUCUGAAAACAGCUACAGAGAAUAUGGAUUCACCUUACAAUGGGUACACUUGGCUGGAUGCUACAAUACAAAAUCCAAUUGCUACAUCAAGUGUAAUGUAUGGAAAGCAAAUGCAAAUAAAUUCUCAGUUACCUUCAGGGCCUCGGUCAGGUGGGCCUUCUGGAAAUGAGUCUGCUGCCCACUCUCCACACUCACCAAUGUUAUCCUUGGGAAGGGACAGGAAACUGCAGUUUUUCACAGAUGUUUCCAACAAUUCAGAAUAUUCUGGUUACUCUGGAAGUCAGAAACAGCAUACUCCUCUUGGACCCUCCCAGAGUGAUUCUGCAGUGCGUACAGAGGGGGGCUUUGGUAAAAUGCCACUUACCGCUUCCUCCAGUUGUAAAUCACAGCAAUAUUCUGCAAAUGCAUCUUCACAGUACCAGAGAUAUCACAACAAGCAGAAUCGAAACAAUACUGAUGAGAGAACCGGGCAGAACGAAAGGAGUCAUAAAAACAGUUGGAGUCAACAUACGGGUUUCCUGGGUCCAGACCGAAAACAGUUUGAUGUAUUGAGAAGAAAUCAAGAACAGAACGGUGCCAUUUUGCCUGACUAUGUCAAUCCUUUCCUCCCUCUUUUCCCUUUGGUUUCUGGUUAUAAACACCUGCCUCAUUUUCCUCCGUUUCCUCCUCCUCCAUUUCCAUCGCCGGUUAACGCUGCUGCCUUUUCCCUUCUGCCCUUUCCGUUGUCUGAGUUGGUCGACCUUUUCCGCUGUGAGGAUUUCUCCCACAUAAAUCCUUUCAUCAAUGACCUUUGCGGAGGAGAUAAUACAGCUGGACCAUACUUUGCCUUUCCACCGCCUUUGAAUCACUACAGGCCUCCAAGGAGUCGCAGUGGACCAGCCAAUGAGCUCCACAUUCACCUGGAAGAGUGUUACGAACAGCUUAGAGCUCUAGAGAGAGAAUGCAAAAAGGCAGAGGCAGAUCUAGCAAGACAUUUCCCAGGGAAGCGCGUAUCCAGUUCAAGUAAUGCUCCGUUUUCUCGGCUUCCUGCAAAGCCUUCCAGAGUGGAUCGUCUGAUUGUGGACCAAUUUCGAGAGCAAGCAAAGGUAUACACUUUACUAGAGAAAAUGGAGCACAUUUCUGGCAGUCCUGUUCAUAGAAACAUAUCGGCCACUUUGGGACGUCACCUGGAAGCCAUCUGGGCUACGCAAGCAAGACGCAAAGCUGAAGUGGUGAAUUCGGUUAAUCCUCAAAGGCAACGGACAUCUCGUCACCAUAAUGAAAAAGAUAUCCUUGCUCUGGCCACCGCUAUUAAAGACCUGGCUUUCUUCACGCGGAAAACACGGACAGCUUUAUGGUGCGCUCUUCAGAUGACUUUGCCAAAGACACCAGGAAACGCUUUGGCCAAGAAGGAAGAAGUGGAAAGGGCCUUGCAGGAACUCUGUCCUGAAAAUAGCAGCUUCCAGGCAAACAGUGUCUUGGGGCAUGAAGGCAAACCAAGCAAGAGAGAGGGCCACGACAAAGGACAGCAAGUCGGCAAAUGAGAGAACCUUAAUGCAGGGCAGAAGAUAAGUUGCACUUGGCAAAUUUAGCAGUCUUUCCACUGCUGUUCUUUGAGCCUAGAUGCAUCUGUUCUGGUCAAAGUAUUGCAGCAGUUUUGGUCUUGGUGUUGUGCAUCCGCCGUUUGAAACAGAAAGAGUUAACUUAAGUCAAUCACGAGCAAACUUUGGCCCUCCCUCCAGGUGUUUUGGACUUCAACUCCCACAAUUCUUAACAGCCCGUAGGAAACACCUGGAGAGACUGCCAAAGUUUGCCCAUAUCUGACUUAAGUUGAGACCAAGCAAUAGGAGUCCAUCUGAUCCAAAGCUGUAAUUCUAGCCAUGUGCUAGGGAAUUCGCAAAUGACCAAACCAUUUGUGUAUGUGUUUUUUUAUAAUUUAGCACUUUUUGAUGUGCUAUGUAAUUGAUUCAUUCGUUUUAUAAUAAGAAUAAUAAUAACAUUCUAAGUGCCAAAGUUAUUUACUAAAUACUAGUUUGGGGUUUUUUAACGCAUCAUGUAUAAGGCACAUCUCUGUUGUCAUGUUGUCAGGAGUCAAAGUUCUUGAGUUCAUUUCCAGUGGUUAGACUCAAGCUUCUGCAGCAAGUAUUACCUUAUGUUAACAUGGCAAAGCUAUGUUUUCAACCUCAUUUUCCAUUUGUACUAAUCCAAAAUUUAGCAUAGCAGGAUCUGUUUGGGAAAGGAAAACUAAGCUAAUUCUGAAUGCAAUGGUAAAUGUUGUUAUUAUGGUAAGCCUUAGCCAAUGAGAUUAAAUUGUUUAAUGCUAGAAAUGAAAGAUGUUAAUGCCUUAGUAGCAGCUUAAAUCGACUAUUUAUUUUGGUAUGCACUCAAUGAAAAAUGUAGUGAUUAAUUAUUUGAGUAUUUAUUUUAAGGGGUAAUAUAUAACAUAUAUAUUUCUUAUUUUACUGUACACUUUGAUCCCUUGCCAGACCUAAUAAUCAGGCUCAGUGUAUGCUCAGGGUCAGUGCAUCUGUAUAUAUGAUCUAUAAAUAUAUACACUGCAUUAUGUUUGUGGAGAUGGGGUGUUGUUAGAAACGGCUCCAUACAACUAAUUCUAUACUAGGUUACCAAAGUGGGUAAGUGGUUUCAUGCUAGCAUGAGGAAAUGACGUGUGUGUUAAAUCACUAUGAUUAGAAUUCAUGCUGUGUCUUGGACAAUCAGGUCUGUUCCAUGCCACUGUGAAUGUAUAAGAAGCAAAUGGAAAGGAAUGUUGCAGUUUCAUAUUCCAGAUAAACUCAGUUGAACUGGAUUAUAUAGCCAUGUGGUCUCACAUAAUGUAGUUCAUUGCAGUUAAUCCCGAUUCUGAAACUGAGCUAAAUUGCAGUGUAGAUCCAGCCCCAGUCCAAUAAUCUUGUUGAUAUUCAUGGAUUUUGCUAUCUAAAAAUACAGACUUCCCGUUUCAUGGUGGGGAAGGGAAGAGAUCUGUACAUUUGUGUUGUGUGCGCGCGCGUUUUCUCUGAAUUCCCGUGUGCCCGUGGAUUGGGGCUUUAGUGUUGGGUUUCUUCUGACUUAUGAGUAUUAAUGUUUUAGCAAUCUUGUACUGUGUAAGAUUACUUUUUUGUACUGAUAACGGAGCAGCGUGUUUGUAUUUUAGGCGUUAAUGAAGAACUCAAGUGAGCAGUUAGUUCUCUUGAUUCCGGCUCUGUAAGGUGUACUGUGCUCAUUUGUCAUGCUAUUCCCUCACUGUUUUCCGUUUUGAUCUUGUGGAUGCUUAAGAUAAAUGUUUUACAAGGUUUUAGCUGUGUAACAGGAAUUUGCAAAUACCUCAUUUGCUCCCUUUUUUUAGUUGCAAAGCAAAGGAAUAAUAGAACCACACCGUCUUCGCAGUGCUGUGUUCUUAAAGGAAAAACAAACAUUUUUAGUCUUGUCGAAGGCUUUCAUGGCCGGGAACAUGGUCAUACAACCCGGAAAACACAAUCCCAUUUUUAGUCUUUGUUUCAUCUUCUAGAUAAGUCAUAUUUUGUGCAUUUUGCACUAUAUGUCGUAAGACGAAAUAUGUUUUUUGUGAGUUAGUACUAUUUUAAAGUAUGAGUUGAUUGGAUAUAAAUUGCCGUGUUGAAAACUGUAAUGUUUCCUGUUUAUAAAAUCAUUGUUUUUUCCCCACCAGGAGUGUAGCGGUGAGUGUAUUAGAUACACCGAAUCUCUGACAAUUCUUUAAAACUGUAGUUUAUGGUUGUUGCAAGUCACGUGCCUUUGAAAAGUCUUUGAAGUAUAUAGCUGUGAGCUCAGUCUUUGUUGCAACUGAGCAAUAUAUUUAAAGGGGAUAACUAUUAAGCAGUUUAUGAUAGUUUUAUGGUAUGAAUGUUUCAUAAUCAUUUUCUGGCACUGAGUUUGCUAGCUUUAAGGUAUACAAGGCAUUCGGUUUUCCUUGUAUUGUUUAUAAAAUGACGUGUUCUCAUUUGAUUUGCUGUAAUAGCAUUCUUUUAAGACAGUGAUAGGAGCCUAUCUCACCAAAGGAUGUAAUUGCAAUGAAUGGCUUUUCAUUAGAAUCCAGGUUCCUAUGGGAUUUUGUUUUAGAGACUCUUCUUUGUUUAGAACAGUUAUGAGCCAACUUCGGCCCUUCUGGCAUUUUGGACUCCAACUCCCAUAAUUCCUAACAGCCAGUAAGCUGUUAGGAAUUGUGGAAGUUGAAGUCUAAAACACCUGGAGGGCUGUAACCCCUGCAAAUGUGGAGAGCCAAUUCUACAGACUUGACUUCCUUAAAAGCUCUUCAAUAAGCCCACUUUUUUCCCUAGGCAUCUUGUAGCUAAUUCUUUGCAUUUGAAUAAUGGUUAUAUAAGUAGUUUGAUCAUGAGAUUAUUAUCAGAGCCAAUACAACGUUUGUUUGUUUGUUUGUUUUUGAUGUGGGUAAAUCCACGCACGGCUUUUCCAAAUUCAGUUCACUGUGAUGCCCCUAUUUUGUGCUAAACCUCCCCAGUAACAGCUGUAACACCAGAUCAGCUAAAAUAUGCAGCAGAGAUAUGCAAAUACAGUUUCUUCUGAUCCAGAGUUUAUUUUGGUAGGUUUGUCUGGGAUGGGAUGAAUAUUGCAAGCUCCUUUUGAGGGUUAGUUCUCCGGUUUUCUUACACUAUUUGAGCGUGGUACUGGAUACAUUGAGUGGCAAUGAUUGAGGAGCUUGAAUGAUAAUGAAGCUCAUGAUAAAGCUGAAUGCCAGUUGAAUCCAUUUCUUGUUGGUAGUUUCAUUUAUUUCUGUAGGAUGCCAAUAUGUACAACACACACCAUUUUUUAUUCAUAGUAACUGUAAGCCCAGGGACCAAUUUUGAGCCAGGCCUUACUAGGCUCACUUUGCAAUUUUCUAAGGAUAAGAUUGACUAUAAUCUUGUUAAUUCAUGAAAUAUAGUUUUGUUAGAGAAUACAAUCCAUUUUUAAAGGCAUUUAUUGUCCUUGAUUUUAUUUGUUUUGCUCUUGUUGAUUCUCUUUUAUCAAUGACUUGUGUUUUAAAGCUGAAUAUUUUUCUGUGGGCAGGGUUGCAGGUUUUUGAGAAUUCAGCCUUGCCUCUAUUUUAAUUUUUUAUUUUCCUUCAUAGAAACCCAUAUUGAAAUGGUUCCUGUCAUGGUUAUAUGAGUCUCAGGCUGGAUCUACACUGCCUUAUAUCCCAAAAUCUGAUCCCAGAUUAUCUGCUUAUCUCAAGUUAUCUGGUAGUGUAGACUCAUAUAAUCCAGUUCAAAGCAGAUAAUCUCUGAUCAGAUUUUGGGAUAUAAGGCAGUGUAGAUCCAGCCUCAGUCACCAAGCACUUUUUGGGUAGCUUUAUAUCAGUUUGUGAACAUGAAUAGUGUACUUAAUGCCUUUCUUUAAGACAGACUUUCAUAGCAUCUCGCAACUUGUUCCAACUUGCAAAGUUUGUCAAACUUCUUAGCAAUACUACUAGUGCAAAAAAGUUACUUAUUUAGCCUAUGGAUAGGCUGAGGGCUAAAGUAUACAAUACUAAGCAUCUAGUUUACGAUCCUUUUUAGGUGGAAGUGUGUGCAACUCCAAUCUAUAUCAGAACCAUCAUGUAUAAGGGAAUGUUUGAGCAUCCUUUAGUUACUUUUAUCCCCAAAUUUGCCCAUUUUCCUUGAAGUUUUAAAAUGGGGAAACUUUCAUAGAGACCACUUAUGAUAGACAGGUCUGUAAUUAUUUGUUGUCUGGCUACUUUGACAGAGAAGCUUUCAUAACGAUUAUGUUUGCUUGCUAAAUUGUUGAGCUGGAGGCUCACCUUGAAAUCAAUCUUUCUUUGUUCGCAGGACCAUUGCCUUGGUGCCAGAUUUGUCAGAGCAGAUCGAUUCAAAUCCAAGGUAUCAAUGAGGCUUCAAAUGUGUCAUGUUUCUCUGUAGAUUAACUCUGAUUAAAUCUGGAACCAACCCAGAGGGCCUUAUCCCAAAUAGAGUGCUUUGCAGUGUCUCUGGAAAGUUUAAGCCUAUUUUUUAUUUUUAUGAUUAUUCAUAAUGUGAAGAAUAGAACAUCAGUUCUUAGUGUGCUCUUUUAGUAUUAAUGCCUUGCACCAAUCUUGUUAAAAAAACCAAAAAUGUGUAGAUGGAACACCUGUUAUAGUGAUAUGGUGAAUAGAUCAGGAAAGGGUCAGAUUUGUAUCAUUUAUUGGUCAGUUCAUUGUCUCUGGAAACAACUGUGGUUUGAAAAUCUUCAAAAAAACAAAAACAAAAACCCCAACAGCAACCCACUUCUACCUCUCUUAUAACUUUCUGAAUGAUGAGUUGACCUGCUGGGACCUCCUUUGAAUUCCCAUUAAGUGAAACAGAAUUCUGUUUAGCCAAGGCUGGAUCUUCAGUUGGAAGAUGUCACUUAACAGCUGGGUGCUUGUCAAUUACGUUAAGCAAUUUAGAUGGCAGCAGAGAAAUGCCAAGGACUGUCAAGUCCUGAAAAAGGUUUAUUAAGAUUUAUAGUGAAGAAAUCAUGCUGAAUGGAGAGUUUCCACAUUGUUUUUAGUGUCAUGUUUUUAUUCUCUACAUGAGUAUGACUGCUGAUGUUUUAUUUUUGCUCUAUUUGUUAAUUAUCUGCUCUUGUUUUCUGUGUAAGGCUCUCCUUUGGGGUAAUUGUUCUGGAAUAACUGUUACGUGUGCUGGCUAACACUUAAUUAAAAUAUUUAAUAUUUAAAUAA